CAUCCUACAUAACUGCCAAAUUCAAACCUGCCAUUGUGAUCUUCUUCCAUUGAGCUCGCUCACAACAACGCAAUGUGCAUCGCAUUAAUAUCCACCGCUCAUCCAUCCUACCCAUUAAUCGUCAUCAACAACAGAGAUGAAUACCUGCACCGCCCAACCUCCCCCGCAAACUGGUGGCCGGAGCCCAACACGCACAUCCUCGGCGGCCGAGACCUCGCGCGCGCCACACACGGCACCUGGAUGGGUGUGAGCACGGACGGCAAGAUCGCUGUGCUGACGAACUACCGCGAGAAGACGACCGACGAGGCCACGGGUAACAAGUCGCGCGGCACCAUCGUGAACGGCUGGCUGACCGUCCCGCCGCGGGAGAGGACCGGCACGCGCGAGUUCGUGUCGCAGAUGGUCGCGAGCCCGGAGGCACGGAAUGUCGGCGGCUUCAGCCUGGUGUGUGGAUAUGUGGGGGAGCCGUUGGCCAUCGUGUCGAAUCGCAGCGAGGACAUGGAGAUGAUUAGCUGGGUGGCGGGCGACAAGGGGGAGACGCGCGGACUGAGUAAUACGACGUUUGAGGACCGGUCGUGGCCGAAGAUUUUGGACGGGGAGAAGUUGAUGCAGGAGGUGAUUGAGGGGCAUGUGGGUGGGGAGGAAGGCAAGGCGCAGGGAGAGGAUGGGCUGAUUGACGGGUUUUUGGAGUUGUUGAGUCGCAAUACGUUGCCGGAGCUGGGGGAGGAUGCCACGGCGGAGGAUUAUCUGCCGUUCUUUCGACAGAGUAUCUUCAUUCCUUUGCUGGGGAGAAAGGAGGAUGCGGUGAGGGCGGCGGCGCAGGGGUCAGGGGUGGGUGGCGAUGACUCGCUGGAUCGGAGUUACUUGCACGGAUCGUAUGGGACGCAGAAGCAGACGGUGAUUCUGGUGCGGCAGGACGGCACGGUGAGGUAUUUUGAACGGACGCUUUAUGACAACGAUGCGAAGCCCGUUCCGACAGGGGAGGGAGAUCGGUCGUUCGAAUUUGAGGUUUCAAAAUAGGGCCGAAAUCGCUCUCUCUUUGUCUAUGAUUUGGAAUUACGCCUGUGAUACCAAUAUGAAGUGAUGUUUAUGAAUGAGCUGGAUUAUAUGGCACGAUCAAAUCUACUAGAGCUGGGAACUAUAUACAACCACCGUUCUAUCCGGUUCGAUGCCUAACAUAGAAGCCAAAAAUACCGGACUUGGUCUGACACCAGACGAGUUACCUC